GCACCGUGGCUGCACACCACCGAAUACAGACACACGUACACGCACGUACGUACUACACUCAAUGCGUUGAUGACAGUAUUGGCGACCCAACGUGACGGUCAUGCUUUACUGCAAUUGCGAUGACAUGAACACUCUGCGGUGAUACCGUGACUUUAAAAACAUAAACACAGCCGUUGCUUCCUAUAGUCUACGCCGAGACGCUGUCCACGCCUGUCGUCCAUGCAGUGUCGUCGGCCUGAUAUUGUGACCGAUCUAAUGAGUGAUAAAUAGAAAUAAAAAUUGACCGCAGAGAUCACAUCUGUCUUAAUGCUCGACUGAUAAGACUUGUAACAUCAAACUCCUCUUGUUGGAUCGGUUUGACAAGUUUGGUUUUUGGACUUGGGUUUUGGCUUGAGGACUAGCAAGCACCUUGCGGUGCAUGCCAUAACACGAUCGGCUUCCCUUGUGCAGACAGCUUCUUUGGUUCAAAGCACGGGGUGAGUUGCCUCACCGACCAGCCAUCACCAUGUUGACGGCACAAUCCAAACUGUUCUACCAGCUGAAUCGGUAUGUCAACGAGAGAGUGGCCGCACGGAAGGCCAACAUCUCCAAAACCAUCCGCGAGGUGUGUAAGAUCGUCACCGAUGUCCUCAAGGAAGUUGAGGUCCAGGAACCGCGGUUCAUCAGCUCCUUGGUGGAGACAGAGACAGGGAGAUUUGAAGGCCUGGAAGUCAUCUCACCUAAUGAGUUUGAGGUGGUGUUGUUCCUGAACCAAAUGGGAGUGUUUAACUUUGUGGAUGACGGCACAGUGCCCGGCUGUGCUGUAUUGAAGCUGAGCGAUGGCCGUAAACGAUCUAUGUCCCUCUGGGUUGAGUUCAUCACAGCUUCUGGCUACCUCUCGGCCAGGAAGAUUCGCUCCCGGUUCCAGACCUUAGUGGCCCAGGCUGUGGACAAGUGUAAGUACCGGGAUAUUGUCAAGAUGAUCCCGGAUACCACCGAGGUGAAGCUACGGAUACGAGAGCGGUUCAUCGUGCUCAUCACACCGGCGUUCAAGUGUAGCGGUAUCUGGCCGCGUAGCGCGGCACACUGGCCGCUGCCUCAUAUCCCCUGGCCCGUACCUGGCCUGAUUGCGGAGGUCAAGACCGAAGGAUUCAAUCUCCUGUCCAAAGAGAGUCCAUCCCAAGCUGGUAAACAGUCCUCAGCCGAGGGGGAUGCAUGGGUCUUGUCCUUCACAGACGCCGAGAACAAACUCCUCCAAGGGGGCGUCAGAAGAAAAUGCCUCAGCAUCUUGAAAACACUCCGAGAUAAGCACCUGGAGAGUACGGGACAGCCGGUCAAGAACUAUCAUCUCAAGACGUUGCUCCUGUACGAGUGUGAGAAACAUCCGCGUGAGAUUGACUGGGAUGAGAUGUGCUUAGGCGAUCGUAUUAACGGUAUACUCUUGCAGCUCAUUUCGUGUCUACAGAAUCGCAGAUGUCCCCAUUACUUUCUGCACGGACUUGAUCUCUUCAGCAGCAAACCGCAUACUUCGCUGGACACGGCUGCCAAGCAGGCCUGGAGAAUAGCCCGGGAGAUUCUGACCAACCCACGGAGUCUUGAGAAACUAUGACCGUCAAUUCCAUGUCAAACCCGUGAACGGGAAGAACAGCACGGAUAUGCGUAAACUCAAAAACAAGACAACACCGCUACCGAAGAACGAGUAAUGUUGACCGGACGCAAAAGCGAGUGCCAACGGGAGCAGCGACGCGUUAGACGGCAGCUGUGAGGGCGGAGACGCGGUGAACAUUGCCACACGCGAACUGAACUGACCGAGUUUCGGUUACUCGCAGUCGAAGCGUACUUUUCAAAACUGUGGAUAUCGGACGUAGAGGAUUUCGGAACAUUCUGAUGAUGUAAACUAGAUUCUAUAUAUAAUUGUGAAGCGUAAUUUGGGACGUAAAUGGAGCGGAAUUUUAACAAUGAAUCAGAUGUCAUAAGAAUAUUUCCCGUGGAUAUGCUGUCUGUGAGUACAUUAAAUUUCAGAUACAAUAAAUUAGUACGUGUCGUAGAUGCAGCCUUCAAUUCAUAUUCUGUGGGAGACCUGCUUAAUGAUGCUUAAUGUCUGGCAUAACCGAUCAUUCACAGAAGUUGUAAAUUUGUUCAGAAAACUCCGCAAAAUGCAAUAUUCCCCCUUUUUUUUUAAACUGAAGUACUGAACCGUACUUUCCCCAACUGAUGUUGUUUGUGCAAAUUGUUGACUGUAGUGAUAGUCAUGCUUGACAAUGCUCUUCGCAAACUAUCUGCCUUUCAUUGAAUUGGUAUGAAAGAAAUAUAGAAUGUAAGUUACUUUACUUAGUAAGGAUCCAAGUUAAAAGUCACAAAUGUCAAAAUGCGAAAUCCAAUUAAAAUUUUUGAAAACAAAAAUAAAAGAGUCCGUCCUUUGAACAUUUCUGACUGGUAUAUAGGCCUACCCCGUGUACUUAUAAACAUCUUUACUCUAGAAAUUUCGAGUGAUAUUAGGGGGGGGGGGUCUACUGAAUGUGAUGCAGUACAUUUAUGUAUCAAAUUCAAAAUGUCUAAAUUGCGUGAUUUUUUUCAAUAACUUGAAAAAAACUCGGGUUGACUCGAAAUGAACACUGUGUUUGCUAAACACAAGUUAGUGCAGUAGCUGAAACGAAAAGGGAUAUUAAACUUGAUAACUUGAUUAUGGCAAGAAAAAAAAAGAAGACGACAAUUUUGGUACCCGAAAUGACUGAAUGUAUUCCCUGGGUUUAACCAUCAUUUGCAGGGUUGUCUUGUCCUGAUUCUGAAUCAUCGGAAACCAUUAUCCAGGAUAGCACAAAAUCAGAUCAAGUUAGAAUGAUACCAAGUGUACUAUCAGACGGCAUUGGUGCGCGGCAUGUGUUAUCCCUUGUCUCGACCUUGACCUUGAUAUGUACAACGACAAGGUCACAACAUCGCACUUUGCAUAAUUUGUGGCUGAGGUCCAUAGGCGUACUCCCAAUGACUGUGGAACAGAUUUUUAGUCUAUAAUGUCUAUUGAGAUGUUACUGUUAUAGAUUUUCAAUCGUUGUAACUCGUAUGUGUUUCACAAGGCAUGUCAUGCAAUUUGUAAACACCAGAAAAUUACUUCAGUAUUGAGAGAAGUUUUUACUGUCAAUUCGAACUUCAAUAAACAUGAGCCAAACAUGUUUUGAAAACUGUGAUUUCAAAACAAUCUGUAUUGCCAGUUAGUAAUGGAUUUCAAAAAUGCGAUGUCUUUGUUAAUGCGCGUUCUACAUUCGGGGUUGGUUUUAACUUGAAAAGCAGUCGCAUUUAAGUGAUGAGAAACAUGAUUAACAGUGUCACAAGCAAGACGUCAUGACAAAUGUUCCAAAAACCACGACACGGGAGAAUGUUACUGUUAGUCUGACCAUUCCAUUAGGCAUGACUGGUGCGCCAACAGUUGCCUCAUCGUGUCAAGUCAUACACGCCCACUCGGUGUCACAAUGUUUCGGUCUUCAACCUAAUUCCCUACAAACCAAAACGGUGGUAACCCUAACUAUAUAACCACACCAUUCGAUACGGGUGCACCUCCGUGGGAUUGUGAGAUGGGCAUACUAUACCUCGCAUAGACAUUAUGAUGGCUGCCUCCGAAUUUUCCCAUUUUUUUGGCCCCCAAAAACCCACAAAUGCGUGAACUCAAACCGUCAGUGGUCAUGUAGGCCUUUAAAUCAACUCUACAAGGGAGUGCAUGGUACCAUGGAGCUAUUCUUUAGCUCCAUGAUGUACAACCGAAAAUAUCAGAUAUUGAACAUGUUUUGUUAGAGAUAGAUAGGAACAAUGAAGGCAAAUUAAUCAUCAAACGAGUGAUCCUAUUAUAGCCUAAAUAUUAUCUUUAUACAGAUUGUGUCAGACUUGUUUCAACAAUGCUAAAUUGGGUUAUUUGACUUCAUUCGUUCUCCCGGAAGUCGGAAGCAUUUUUUAUCAAGGCUCAAUGAUUGUCUCUUAACGGUGUGGUUGAAAUUAUUUUGUGGAUGAUUUUAUCGGUACAAAUAAAGAAAAUACACCAAUUCUGGCCAAUCUUCGUAAUCUAAAGAGCUAACUAACGAAGUUCGCAAAUGGAUUGCACAACUAACAAUAGAACUGUUGUUUUAGUUUUGGUUGCAAUGCUUAGGCCGUGCUCACGGAAGUCUACGAAUAUCGCAUACUAAAGUUCAAAAACAAAAUCACUAUACGCCUGUAGAAUUUUUGUACAAGAUUUCUACCCUAGGUUUUUUGGGGACAAAAUUCGGCUUUUGUGGCAAGAACAGCUGACUUUUGCGUGUUGGGUCCAAUUGGCAGAAAUAAACGUUGACAGCGUGCACGCCCAUAUUGGGCAAUUAUGCGAUCCUUGCUGACAUUACAAAAACAAGCCCGAUUUAGAUGGGCUGCAGUUCGUAAUCCGAUCCCUUAGCUAUAUAUAAUCUGCUGUCCCAUGUUACAUGAUAAUGGGGGAUAUAUGUGGCUUAAUCAUAACAAAUCCGGAUUAAUACAGGAUUAGUGAGUGAACUGUUGGAUAUCAAUUACUUUUACUCCAGAAAUUUGGACUGUCUUUAGGUAAACCGACGUGAGCAUAACGUUAACAUUUUCAUAAAUGAGUGUUUGUAUACUUAUAAACGUAUUGUCGCUUAAACCAUAUUAGCUUAUUUUCAGUCCAUCUUCUUGUGAUUUUAAAAGCUCAAUAUUUUGAACGUCUGGAGGAUUUUUUUUUAGCAUCUUUAAGACACUUGUGAAAAUUGAUGGGCUACGAGUAAUUCACUUUACGGUUGAUGUAUAUGGAUGUAUUGGGGAGAUGUGUGCAACGUCUACGCAUAUCCACAGUCACUAAUGCAGUACUGCGUGCAUUUUGGGACGAUAUUGUUUUUCUUUUCAAGAACAUGAAUAUUUCUGUCCGUUUAAAUCAAAAUGGUUGUAUUGGGGUGUUCGGAUACGAUGGUGGUGAUGAUUAUAAAUAGCAGCUUAAGAUGGUCAUUAUUAUUGUAUGUUGGAGGUUUGUGAUGAUAUUUUUUGUUUUCGAAUUUUUCAGAGGAGCCGAGAGAGGGCAUUCUGAAAUUAAACUCAGCAGCAUUGUACAAGAA